AUGUCAACCUUCAUGUCAACAUCAACCACCACGGCCACACCAUCAGUCCUGGCAUCAGCAGCGUCAGCAAAGAACAGUGUGGAAACCGCUUCAGCGUCCUCAUCGUCUUCUUCUUCACGUCCAACAUAUGCACAAUUUGAAGAUGCCGAUGAACCAAUCGUGAACGUUACCAUGAAAGAGGAAGAUGAAGCAAACACGCCUAUGCCUAAUUCAGCAGCAUCAUUCUCAUCAGCACUAGCGACGUCUGCUUCUACGUUUGGUGGUGGUGGUGGCAAUCCAAAUGCAGUACCAGUAGGAGUCUCACCCGUGUCACCCGAAGCCGAGUUGCUACGAAUGGCCUAUUUCUUUCAAAAUGCCGCACACAUGCCCACCAUGCCCCACCACCAAGACCACAGAAUGAUUCAGCAUCAUCAACAUCAUCAACAACAAUCGUAUCAUUUACUUUCAGCAGCAGCAGCAGCACCACCAGCACCACCAGUGAUGCCUUCCAACAGCAUGCAAAUGCUCGCACUAUUGGCCCAACAUUCCCAAUUCCAACAUCAUCAUCAGCAACAUCAUCAGCAACAGGAGCAGCAACAGGAGGAGGAGCCGCCAAAACCACAGCUGGAACAGCAACAGACUCAGAAGACCCAAGAGGACCACGAGACUCAAGAUGAAGACCCAUCUACUCCUCCUCCACCACCACCACCAAGAAAGAGAGGACGACCCCGAAAAGACAAAUCCUUGCUAGCCAAAAACAAUAGUGACAACAACAGCGAGAACGACAGCAAAAAUAGCAAAAGAAAAGAGAAGAAACCCAAAAAGGCCGGGGGGAAUGCUGCGAAAGCUGCGAAAGCUGCGAAAGCAGGAGUCAAAUACUGCAACAAACAAAUUGACAAGUGGAUUGUCCGAUACAACGAAGCCAAGGAAUAUGCCGAAAAGAAUGGUCACUGCAUGAUUCCGAAUGAAUAUCCGGCCAAUCCUUUGUUGGGUGGUUGGGCCAAACGGCAACGCUAUCAAUAUCAAGUCUUGAAAAAGGGUGAAAAGAAGGGCGCCUUCAAGAAACAACCCGCUGCCAUACUCUUGCAUGCCAGCCGGAAUUCCUCCAUUUCGGCGGAACGCAUUAAAUUGCUAGAAGAUAUUGGAUUUUGUUGGCAACACAAGGAUCACAAAUGGCAUGCACGAUACGACGAAUUGGUCCAAUUCACCAAGGACUAUGGACAUGCGGCAGUCCCUACUACCUAUUAUGAAAAUCAAGGGCUUGCCGGAUGGGUCAAGGUCCAACGAAGGCAAUACAAGCUGUAUUCUUUGGGCAAGAAAUCUUCCAUGACGCAAUCUCGAAUUGCAUUGUUGGAAAAGGUUAACUUUUGUUGGAGCAUCAAAGAAAUUAUGACUCAUCUUCCAGAAGACCAACGAGAGGCCGAGAGAAAGGCAGAAGCCUUGCAACUGGUCAAAACCCAAAAGCACCCGCAACAAAUGCUAUUCGAAAAGGACGAGAGGAGGAGUCGAAUGAUCCAUCAUGCAGGAAUGCAAUUGCAGUCCAACGCCGCCUCCAUGCUGUCGACGAACAACAACAACGACAACAACGACAACAACGACAACAAUGAUGAUAAUGAUAAGAUGGCAAAAUCGAACGUCAUGCUGCAGCUACAGAAGACGAAGAGCAAGAAGAACAACAGCAAUGAUCAUGCCACAACCAAACCAAUGAGUAUUCGUAUCAGCGAUACUGAUGGUGCGGGUGAUGUUACAACCACAGCGACUGCAGUAGUAGUAGCGAAGGAAGAAGCUAAUACAUCAAUAUCUGUUGAGAAAGAAGUCAAAGACGUCUUGGACGAAAACGAUGCUAUUUCUGCAUUGCUGUCCUUUGGGCGAUGA